AUGUCCUCCCCAACCACGAACGGCUCCAGCAGCCAUGUCGCCACCACCAACACCAGCGAUAUGGAGAUUCCCACCAUAUUCGGCCUUCCCUGGGUAACCCCAACUUUCGACCCUUCCGUCACUGAUGUUGUGCCCACCAUGCAUACCUCUUCCUACCCGACCAUUAACCCAGCCCUCAACCCCCUUCUCUCCCAAGCCGGGAAGACAGUUCUCAUCACCGGCGCCACGGCCGGCAUCGGCUUCGCAAUGGCCAAGUCGUUUGUCACCGCUUCUGCUUCAAAGGUCAUCAUCACGGGUCGAAGGCAAGCAAGACUCGACGAAGCCGUGGGUCUUCUCCGCCAGCACGCCAAGGAGCUCGGGAAGCAGACGGAAGUAGAAGGAGAGGUGGUGGAUGUGCUUAUCUUGAAUUCUGUGGGGGAGAUGGCGACCGGGGGCCUGUGUGAGGAGGGGGGCAGGACGACAGUUGAGAUUUGGGCCAAACUCGAAGCGAACCUCAGGGGACCGAUGAGGUAUACUGAGCUUUUUAUGAAGCAGGGGAAGGACAGACAGAAGUACGGCUUCACCAAGGCCACUGCUGGCCUCUUCUUUAGGUACAUUGCUCAACGGUCAGACCCGGAGAAGAUGCAGGUGGUGAGCAUUCAUCCGGGAACCAUCUACUCGGAGUUGUGGCGGCGGCUCGGCGUGGAAAAGAGUGUCCUACCUUUUGAUGAUAUCUCGCUGCCAGCUGACUUUGUGGUCUGGGCAGCCACCAAGGAGGCGAGAUUUAUUCAUGGUCGCUUUGUUUGGGCUAAUUGGGAUGUAGAAGAGUUGAAGGCCAAAUAUGCGGAGCGUUUCAAGCAGGAUGCUGAACUGUUCAGGUUUGGCGUGUGUGGUUUGGCUGGGAGCAAGCUCCAUGUCAUUCAAUGAUCGCGUUGACUGGAGGUAGACCAACCAUGGAAGUGUUACCGAGGGGCAUCAGGACCUCGGCACACCUUGGAACACUCACGAUUGUACACAGCAAGACUCUCGAACUAAGAGUCAGACAACUUCUACACGCUAGAUACCCUUUCCAUCAUCUGUCCACGUGGAAGUUGACCGAAAGGCACGUAGAGGCAGCUGACUCGAACACCUCCCAAAACUCUCACCUUAACCACCAGCCACUAACCCCGUUCCCAUUGGCGCGCAUCUUGUUUCAACGUCAAGGUAUCAUCACAGAUGUUCAAAACAUGGGGAAGGUUGCAGUAAACACUUUUACCGGUUGCGGUACCACUCAUACCGGGUUUCGAGGACUUGGCACUUACCCUUUGGUCGACGGUGACAACUCCGUGAACCGGAUGCGGUAUGUGCAUGUUAACCACCGUGACCUCCGUC